GUUACUUGCCGUUAGGGAGCAACGGGCCAUUUCUUGCUCCCAGAUACUUCGAGCCACAUCCACGUUCUCCCCUCUUCCACCGCAUCUCUAUCGCACCAUUUCAUCACAUCUCUACAUUGCAUUCACCGAAGGAACUUACCUCAAAGACUCUGAAUGGUCAGAAGAGGAGAAGAAAGAGAAGGAAGAAAAUCCCCCAAAUCCACUCGCUGAUCCGGGUACCAUGGAUGGCAUGAUGCUCGUUAUGGGAUGGAUCAAUUUCUUCUUUCAGGGUUUCGUUUUGAGCCCAUUGUUUCCUGCCCAUUUAUGCACUGCCCUUCGUACAGCCGCAGAUUCAACGCCAGAUAUGGCUGCUCAGGCCUCCCCAUUCGGCUCCGUGCUGUCCGGAGCUAACGCGCCACCAGAUAAUCUGCAGUUUGCAGAGGAGCAAUAUAAGUGGGUUUGCGAUGGCGUAGAAACCGGAGUGUUGGAGAAAUGGGGCAAGAUACGUGCUAUAAAGUGACCCU